AGAGUAAGCUGUUCCCUAACCAUAGCAACAGGGACGCUUUAGUUGUCAAACAUCUACUCUGGCUGUGGGAAAUCACAAAUAUAGACCAUAUUCUGUCAGUUUAACUCAUUUUCUUGUGCACAAUCAGCAGUCCUAUUUAUUGGUGCAUGUUUGCGAAGAGGUCGAGAUGCAGGCGGAGGAUGCGCAAUUUUUAAAGAGGAGAGUGAAGGCUGGGAGUAUCGAUGUCCAUCCAACUGAAAAAGCCCUCAUAGUUCAUUAUGAGGUGGAGGCGACAAUUUUGGGACAAAUGGGUUAUCCAAUGCUAGGAGAGCGGAAGGAGUGCCAGAAGAUCAUUCGUCUCAAAAGCCUGAAUGCCAGUACAAAUAUUGCUUUGCUGGCUCGGAAGGUGGUGGAGGAGUGCACACUUAUCAACUCCUCCAGACUUCCUGAAGUAGAACAUUUGUUGUGCUAUCUGCAAAAUCACAGGAAAACCAGCGAUAAAGACAGAGGAGAAAAAAAGCCUGCGAGACCCAGAGAUCUGACCCCCUUUGAAGACAUGGAGAUUGAGGAGGAAGCCGGCAUCAGCUGCAUAGACAGCUAUGUGGACCUGCUGUAUGAGGACAUUUCUGAGAAGGCGAGGGGAGCUGCACUCAUCCUCCAACUCGCCCGGAAGCCCAACAAUCUCGAGGAGCUGCUGCAGAACGAGACAGCGCUGGGAGCCCUGGCCAGAGUUCUGAGAGAAGACUGGAAGCAAAGCAUGGAGCUGGCCACCAGUAUCAUCUACAUCUUCUUCUGUUUCUCAAGUUUCAGUCAGUUUCAUGGACUCAUCACCCACUACAAGAUAGGAGCCCUAUGCAUGGGCAUCAUUGAUCAUGAGCUUAAGAGGUACGACCUGUGGCAGUAUGAGCUCCAGAAGAAGAAGACGCCUUAUGAAGAGAGUCCUGAUGACCAGAACCGAAGAAAAGAAUAUGAGAAAGCUGUAAAGAAGUACCAGAGCCUUGUGGUGAAGCAGGAGCGACUGCUCAGAGUAUCGCUGUACCUCCUGCUGAACCUGUCAGAGGACACACGCACGGAGCUGAAGAUGAGGAACAAGAACAUUGUGUGCAUGCUGGUGAAGAUCUUAGGCAGGGAGAACGCUGACCUGCUGGUGCUGGUCGUCUCCUUUCUCAAGAAGCUUAGUAUCUUCCUGGAAAAUAAGAACGACAUGGCUGAACUCGACACGGUGGAGAAGCUGGCCAGACUGGUUCCAUGUGACCACGAGGACCUGCUGAACGUCACCCUCCGUCUUCUGCUGAACCUCUCCUUCGACACCGGCCUGCGUAGCCGCAUGGUCCAAGUGGGCCUGCUGCCCAAGCUGACCGCGCUGCUAGGUGAGGAAAGCCAGAGGCGUGUCACCCUGAGGAUCCUCUACCAUCUCAGCAUGGACCACAGCACCAAGUCCAUGUUUGCCUACACAGACUGCAUCCCGCAGGUAGGACGCGAAGCUGAGCAGAACCGGCCCAGAUCCGCAGUCUUGGGGUUCAGCUGCUGGCUUAUGGCCAGAUGAAGGGCGGUCGGUCUGUGCUCUUCAGGUAACGGCCUGAGGAUGCUGAUGAAGAGGGCGCUGAAACUGAAGGACGCUUUGCUGAUGAAGAUGAUUAGGAAUAUUUCUCAACACAAUGGCCCCUCUAAGCAGCUGUUCCUCGAUUAUGUGGGUGACCUGGCAGCCCAGAUUGGGCCGGGCGAGGAGGAGGAGUUUGUGAUCGAGUGCCUGGGCACACUGGCCAACCUCACCAUCCCCGACCUGGACUGGGAGCUGGUGCUGAGAGAGUAUGAUCUGGUGCCCUACCUGAAGGAGCACCUGAAACCCGGCUCGACUGAGGACGACCUCAUCCUAGAUGUGGUCAUCCUGCUGGGAACCGUCUCCAUGGACGACGCCUGUGCCGCCAUGUUGGCCAAAUCUGGCAUAAUCCCUGCACUUAUCGAGCUUCUCAAUGCUCAACAGGAAGAUGAUGAGUUUGUUUCUCAGAUCAUCUACGUCUUCUACCAGAUGGUGUUUCACCAGGCAACCAGAGAUGUCAUCAUCAAGGAGACCCCAGCCCCUGCUUACAUCAUGGACCUGAUGCAUGACAGGAACAGAGAAAUCCAGAAAGUCUGCAACAGCACCCUGGACAUCAUCGCCGAGCAUGACCAAGAGUGGGGGAGGAUGAUCCAGAGCCAGAAGUUCUGCUGGCACAACUCUCAUUGGCUGGAGAUGGUGGCGAGCCGGCAGAUGGGCGACCUGGAGGCGUACGCGUACAACGACGACGGCGGGCCCUUCCUGUACGACCAGGACGUACUGGAGCGACCCGACCUCUUCUACAGCGCCGAUGGAUUAAUCGCAUCCGAUGGUUCGAUCAGUCCAGAGUUCUUCAGUGACUUCCAGAUGCAAAACGGAGACAUCUCAGGACCAAAUAUCUUCUACGACAGCCUGGAGAACGAUGGAUUUAGACAAAGAAGUGGAUCAUUGGGACGUCCUGCUACCGCCUACGGGUUCCGUCCAGAUGAGCAGUUCUGCUAUGGCUUUGGAUUCUCCAAAUGAACACUUUACCCCUUUAACUGCUGUGUCAGGUGACUCAGACAGGUGACAUUUGGGUAACGUCCCGGCCACCCAAGCCUUGCAUUCCAGGAAUGUCGCAUGUGUGUUUUAUUACACUGUACAUUCCUUUACUUACCUAAUGAGGUGUAAUCUCAUCCGCGCUUAAGAAGCUUUAUUAAGAGGCCUGCAUCAAAGGCAUGCCCUGACCUGGCUUCUAACAUUAGCCAUGUCAGGUUUUAUAACAGUACAAUUUCAUUUUAUUGGCGUGAUCAUGUAAAGAGUAGUAACUGCCAUCGAAAGAUAGCUAUGAGUCUUUCAUACUGUCCUACCUCAGUGUCACACAUAUUCAUAGCAGGUAUUUCGUGUUUGGUUUCAACUGAAUAUUCAUGUAGCCGUGUAAUGUCAUAGAAGAAUGUGAGACUUUAAUGAAACCAAAAGUCAGUCCGAGUUCUUUCCUGUUGGAGGUCGGCCAUGUUUGUUUGUGAGAUGGGCACAUUGUGUCAUAUAUUCUGGGUUUGUUCUCAGUAAUAUGGGGGGCAAAAACACAACAGCAUCACACCAUGAAAUGAGGGUUUUGGCUUUCAGUUGGAUUUAUUAGUUUGUAACAGCACAUUUCUCAUUGUAUUAGUAUACAAUUUCAAGUGAUUUAAUGAAAUGAUAUGUUUAUACAUAUACUUUGCAGUCUCUUCUGAAAUAUUGCGGAUGCACUGAAUUCCAUGACAAAACGGAAAAAAAAUAGACAAACUAGUCCUUACACAUGUGCAGGGCCGGUCAAUCCUAUAGGGGACAUAGGGGGCGCUGUCUUGCCAGCCAAUUUCACUUAGCCUCAGACAGGGGGCGCUGGCGGUGAUGUUCACCUAGGGCGCCACAUUGGCUAGGACCUUUCCUGCACAUGUGACACUGUAAAUAGCCAUAUUUUCCAAAUGACUUUGCUUUUUGUUGUUUUGGUUCAUCAAUAUAAUACGACAGACUGUACAUUAAUAAACCAAAGACUGAACCAGACUUUCUUAUAUGAA